AUGGAACACUCCCCUUCCCUUUCGUUGUCAAAUCUUCAAAGCCUUUGGUUUUUUGUAUGCUUUAUCAUUGUGCUAAAAGCCCUAAUACCUAGCUGGAUUCAGAAAUGGUCCAAGAAACAAAAACCAAAACUUCCCCCAGGUCCCAAACCAUGGCCUGUGGUGGGCAACCUUCCUGCCAUGCUAGCAAACAAACCUGUUCAUCAAUGGAUACACAAUCUCAUGAAAGAAAUGAACACUGAGAUUGCAUGUAUCCGCCUAGGAAAUACCUAUGUUAUCCCAGUUACUUGUCCCACCAUUGCCAGACAGUUUUUGAGUGAACAGGAUGCAACGUUUGCAUCAAGAUCACUCACCACUUGCACUGAUCUCAUUACUGGCGGAUAUUUAACCACAAUUUUAGUGCCAUUUGGGGACCAAUGGAAGAAAAUGAAAAAAAUCCUUACCACUGCUUUGCUUUCCCCACACAAGCACCUAUUGCUCCAGGACAGAAGGACUGAAGAAGCUGACAAUCUUAUGUUUUACAUCUACAACAAAAGCAAAAGUGUGAACAACGGUGUUGCUGGCCUUGUGAACAUUAGAAGUGUUGCAAGGCAUUAUUGUGGCAACGUUAUGAGGAAAAUUCUUUUCAGUACAAGGUAUUUUGGGAAGGGUACGAUGGAUGGAGGACCUGCUUUUGAGGAGGAAGAACAAGUUGAGUCCGUCUUCGUUUUACUUAGGUAUCUUUAUGCUUUUUCUAUUUCUGAUUUUAUCCCAUGCUUGAGGAGACUUGACUUGGAUGGACACCAGAAGAAGGUCAAGGAAGCUUUGAAAGUCAUGAAGAAAUAUCAUGAUCCCAUCGUUCAAGAAAGAGUUAAACAAUGGAAUGAUGCAAAAAAGAUUGAUGAACAGGACUGGCUUGACAUUUUGAUCUCCUUGAAAGAUGCCGACAACAAUCCAUUAUUGACAAUUGAAGAAAUUAGUGCACAAAUUGUGGAAAUAUUGAUUGCAACUGUGGACAAUCCAUCAAAUGCUUUUGAAUGGGCACUCGCUGAAAUGAUUAACCAACCAAACUUGCUCCAACGAGCCAUUGAGGAAUUGGACAGUGUGGUGGGAAAAGAGAGGUUGGUUCAAGAAUCAGAUAUACCAAAGCUCAACUUUGUAAAGGCCUGUGCAAGAGAAGCUUUUCGCCUUCAUCCAUUGGCAGCUUUUAAUGUUCCUCAUGUCUCAAUGAGUGAUACAACUGUGGGAAAUUACUUCAUCCCGAAGGGUAGCCAUGUAAUACUAAGUAGAAGAGAACUUGGAAGAAACCCAAAAGUGUGGAAUGAACCCCUCAAGUUUAAACCAGAACGUCACCUUAAGAGUGAUAAUGGGUCCAAUGUAGUUUUGACAGAGCCAAAUUUGAGGUUCAUAUCAUUUAGCACAGGAAGGCGUGGUUGCCCUGGAGUUACGCUUGGGACCACAAUGACCAUGAUGUUAUUUGCAAGGUUGCUCCAUGGCUUCACUUGGACUGCCCCAUCCAAUGUUUCAAAAAUAAACCUAGCCGAGUCCAAUGAUGGUUUAAAUCUUGCAGAGCCACUUAUGGCAGUUGCUAAGCCCAGAUUACCACCACAAUUAUAUCACCUUUAA